CGUCCAUGAUGUUCUGUAUCGUAUCGUACGAGUAAAGUACGUACCGUGAUACAACUGCUACGACCACCCUUACAGCGACGAAAGCAUGUUUGGAAAACGUUCGGUGUUGUUGAUCGUKUUCAGUAAUAUUUCGUGUACACUCAUCGUACCUUGACUCGGCAGCACCGUGAUUUGUCCCCCCGAAUCGAUCGUUGCCAUUCGAAACGAAGCCAAUAAACAAAGGAAUCGAUUAUGACGACAGAAGGCCCACCCCGCCAAGACAGCAAUGCCGGUAGCGAAAUAGAUAGUAACGACAACGAUUAUUUGAAUCGCAAUUCAAAUUCGAGUCCCACUACGCCCGUCGCAUCGAGAACAACGGCAACAGCAGCAACACCUUCCAACCGGGAACUCGCGACAGCGGUGUCUGUUUCGACACCGGAAGCCAUGGCAUCUCUGCUGCCAUCCAUUUCSUCGACAAAUGGAAACUCUGCGCUGCUUCGUGAGUGGACACCGACCACGGACGUGCAACGAUUGCCACUAGAGGCAAAUCCGAAUCCGAAUGCAGGAACAAACGACAACAAUUCACACGUUUCCCCGAUCCCUCCCGUCGCGCCAGCCGUAUUAUUGAUUCAGAGGGAAGACACCUCCAAUUCCAAUGAUUCGUCGACAGCUGAUGCAACUGCCACGAGAAUCUCUCAGUCGUAUCCCUAUCCGGUUGCAACCCUGCUGACAAACUUUGUGCGCACCGUGAGUGGGCACAUACCCAAUUGCACUCACCUAAAUCAGUACUCCCAAGCUCAAGUAGAACCGACAGAGUCUUCAGUGAAUUUUCGAGACGCAACAGCCACAACYACAUCUACUGAGAAUUUUGGUGGAAGUGAGAACAAUAGGAACAACAGCGGCAACACGAACAAUGUUGCAAAUAACACUUACGGUUCGGCGCMAAUGAUUCUGUCCGAAUCGUCGCAAGCAGCAAUGGCUUUUGAAGCGGGCAACGAAGAAUGGACAAUAGUCGAUGGCGAAGUUGUGGUCAUGCCCAGGCGGGACGACCACGAGGAUUAUUUUGGAGCAAGAAGCGACGACGACUCUCGUUCGUUGGGAGACCUACCUCGCGGGGUUCUUGAUCACAAUAAGCGGGAACAACGCAGAAUGAGCAGGAGUUCUCGAACGCACCGUAGUUUUCGACGAUUGAGAGGCCUCAGAAGGUUUCUGACGGGUGGAAAAUCAUCGCGACAAAAACAACGAGAGUCACAGCUUGACAAUGUCGUAGGCAGCGGUAAUUUUCGUGAGCAACGAAGCACUUUUGUUUCGGAUGACGACUGCGAAAGUGGCGAUAACGACAGUCUGAUUGAGGCUCCAACUUCGCAGAACAAUACGGUGAUAAAGAGUAACGAUAACAAUAGGAACGAAGAAGAAAACUCAUGGGAACCUGAAGAUCGGUCAAUCCGAAUGACAUCUAUUCGAUCCACUGAAUCGGGAUCUUCCACUAACAACAACUCGAGUAGUCGCGGUAAGAACAAAGGUCGACGCAGGAAAACCUUUCCUCGUUGGGUACGUGACAUCAAAAGCAGUCCGAAGUCUUCCAAUCAAUCCAAGCGUUCUACUGCUUCCACUUCGACUUUGUCGUCGAGGUUACGAAAAAAGCCUCCAACGUUAUCUGGAGUAACGUCUCUGACUUCCCCCAAUGCUUCAUCAUCUGCAAAGGGUUCGGAUGAACAUAUGCUGAACGAUAAUUCGGACUUCUUUGGUCAUGAUGAACCAUAUUUAUCAGCAGGACGAAGAGGUCGUUCUCAAGAACUGCGAACGUCGGAUCGAAAACCUGCGGCUCGUAAAAAUCCAAGUGCUCAAAGCGACRCUUUGAUGCCUUCUCUCUCGGAAACCUCCCUUUCUUUUUCUUCAAAUUCCUUAUCGCCACCUCCAUCGUCGUUACAUGCAGGAAGGUCGUCACUCCACGAGGAUCCCAGAAUACCUACCAGGACUGAAGACUUACUAGGGUCGUAUCCGGUAGCACAGAGAAUGGACGAGUUCGAGCGAUCGUCGUCCGACGCAGUUCAUGCUAGUUUUGUUGGGAACGCAGAUAUGAUUAGUUGCGAGGGCGAUGUGCCAUCUGCCGCAGUCAAAAUCAUCGAAGACCUCAAUGAAUAUGGUAAAGACGAAAAAUCAAAAGGCAUGGGGAAGCUAUUGAAAGAUGAUAGACAAGAUGAGCCAUGUAUAGAUACAAAGAUGAAACGUGCUCGAGAAGAGUUAGAGGCCGAAAGGCAAGAUGAAGAUGGAUUUUUAAUUCAAACGAAAAGGRCCAUGAAAAAGGGCAAGUCAAGUGGAGAAUCAAUCCCAUUGUCUGAAGCUAAUCCUAAGGACAAAAUAGUGCACAAUGAUACCCUUAAAUUAUAUUUGGUCGGCGACAAUCCCAUCGAAAAAAGCGCACUAAGCMGAGCAUUGCGUAAAAGCGCAAAGGAAAUAAAAACUUCUUCACAGCCAAAAACACUUUAUGUCAAUGUUAAACCCUGGGAACCUGACGACUCUGAAGUAAAAUUUAUGGUUUGGGAGGUGAAAGGGACCAACAAUGAGGAUCAAUACUCGCCGAAAAUUGGUGCUCAUCCUAGCAUCCAAUCUUUGUUUUUUUCAGAUCAAUCUCUGUAUUUACUGGUAUAYGAUAUGGGAGCUAGUAACCCUGAAACCUUCCGUCAUUCUGGCAAUCACGACGACUCGGGUGCGGACUCGGACGAUGAGUGGGAUGAAUACGUGAAUGCGUAUGACCAAGAUGAAGCGAAUAAAAAAGCUGAUCGAACGCUCCAAGCCGAUAUCAGAAAACGCGUGUUAUCAUGGGUGACUUGUAUAGCACAAAGAACUACUCACUCUGCAAUCUUGCCAGUUGCAUUGAUACCCUCGAAUAUGUCACCUGAAGAAUUCAAAAGACGUUGCGACWUCAUGCAAAACUUGAUGAUCGAAUACGUCAACAAAUUGCCAGCAGCUGCGAACCGGCCAAAACUUGUUUUUGGCAAAGAGACCGUCGCAUGCGUAUCGUUGCACGAGGAACAUGAUAAUAUGGGUCUCAAGGAUUUAGAGCAACUGAUUUUGGAAAAUACAGAUCCUAGUGAUAUGGUUUCCCACCGUGAUGGGAUCAGAACAGGCAUUCCGAAAGUUGGAUCUCGUGUCCCUCCCGGAACKAAGGAAGUUAUGGAACAGUGCCGACGGCUGAGAAAGAAUGGGCACAAAGUGAUAUCAGUGGAUCAUCUGAUUGYAGAACUACAGAGGAUACCUGGCGAGCUGGAAUACUGCUUGGAGAGCGUGACUGAAGUUUUGUAUUUGUUGGACAGUAUUGGAGCAGUACUGUACUUCGGUGGUUUUGACUCGAGACUGAAAAACUAUAUCAUCUUAUCYCAUCGAUGGUUAGUUAGUGUGCUUUCGUGCUUUCUCUUGAAGGAUUUGAAAACAGAAGUGGAGUCUGUGCGCAAAACCAUUCAUGAACAGUCUUUCUUCUUUCCUGAUGAUGUGCUUCCWGAAAGUCACGUAGUUAAAACUUACUCCAGCUGCCCUGUUCUAUGGGAUCGAGCUUUAGAGAUGCUGUGGAUACAACAAAAAAGAAUACGAGAGGCUGURGAUACCCAACCCCAACUACGUUCUUCUCAGCUUUCAGAAAACACCUUAACAAUGUUUCRCUUCGUCGAGSACCUCUUGGUUCACACAGGUGUUUGUUUACCUUUGAAAAUCGACCAAUCCUGUUCAACAGAAAACAUCUAUUUUAUUCCCUCCCUUUUGUUUCCACUUUGCGAUACUGGUACUUGGUCGUAUAAAUGCCAUGAGGCCUGGGUAAGUUGUACUAGGAUUUUCCGUCAAAAGAUUUCUUAUACAAUGAAAAAUCGAUAUGCUAAUUGAAUCUCUCACAUAUCCUCCUUCAAACGUUGUUGCUUCGYAUGUCGUACAAACACUAGAAAACAACAAUUUGUCACUCUUGGGUAAGUUGUCGGUUUUCGUUCACUCUAAACGUGCUAUUUGAGACCGUUCUGGCCAUAUCUCACCAUUAUUUGUGCCAUCAUUUUUCGAUGCAAUUUUCGYAGCUUUUUCGAGAAGGUGCACCGGUGGGACUAAUGGAACGUGUCGCAGUYGCAUUAUURAGAGA